AUGGCUGAGUGGUAUCUAAACUUUGGUGCAGGUUCAGUGAAGUGGGGACCCAUUUUCAAGGAGAAGGACGAGGUUGAGAGGGGAGGCACAAAGGUGGUUGUGGAUAUUGAUGAGGCCGAGAAGCAGAGGCGAUUGAGGGAGUUUCGAGUGAAGAAGGCAGAGAAGGAGGGUGCCACUCGGGCGACUGGGAAGCACCCUAGAGAUGACAAUGAGGGGUUGGUUUCCGAUGUGAUGGGUGCCGCCGAAGCUCCCCUUGUUGGUCCGUCGCAAAUCUCGUGGCCUGGUGCUCCGGGCCGAGGGGAUGUGCAUCAACACGUGACGUCCUCCUUUUGGAUGCGGUGCGGUUGUGCGCGGGCGUGCCAGCACAGUCUACCGUGCGUCGAAGUGAUGGUGAGGUUCGGGUAG